AUGAGUGGAUUUGGGUGGUCGGCAGGCGACAUCGUCGCCGGCCUAAAAUUGGUGUGGGAUGUAUGGAAAGCCGUCUCUGAUGGACCCAUGAGUGCCAAAGUCGAAGCAAAGCAAUUCUUUGAGGAUUUUUAUCUGAUUAUGCAAUGCUUAGAAGAUUUGGACCGCCGAGAUGGAAGUUUAGCAGAAAGUUCUUGCUUGGCAGCUGCUCCGUCACAACUCCAACAGCAGUGUGUCAAGUUUCUUUCGAGACAUAUGCGAUUGAUAAGUGCCGCCAAUCCUCAGACUGCAAUCACAAAGCAAGGAGUACCCAUGUGGUUAAGGAAGGCUGCUUUUUCAAAGGAUCAAAUCAAAACUCUGUGUUUGCAGAUUUCCUGGCCCUUUGAGAGAGAUCAAGUUUUGCAACUUCGUACCAAGAUGGAGUUAUACCUCAGUCUAGCUACUUACAAAAUAUCUGCUUUAAACCACUCAGUAGCCCAAGACACGAAUAACAUCGUGCGAGAGAUAAGCACUUCCCAUCAAGAAUUACUUACGUCCAAUCUUAAGCUGGUCUCGUCUCAUCUUGAGUUGGUAUCACUCAUUACUCAAAACUUGAAAAGGGUAACACACCCUCUCGAGUCGAACUCUGAGAUGAAACAAAUUGAUUAUCCUAUGCUUCGCCAACUCGAACAAGCAUUAGCACCCCCAAAACCCCUUAAAGCAGUCGAAUACCUCCACGACUUACAGCAUCCUUGGCAGGAUCAACACGGUGAGGACCCACCGAGCUCGAUCACGCGAUCAACCAUAUCUGGCCAAUUGAGUCUACAAGAUGAUGGGAUUGAGAGACGCUACGUUCUAUCACAGAGAUUGGAGAACUUGGCAAUGAGGCGUGUCGAAACAGUCAAUUCUAUGUCUACUACACAGUCAAGAGGGACAGAAAGAUCAGUCGAUCCACUCAUUUCACGAUUACAAGAUAUGAGAGGACAAAUAUUUGAUGCAGUGGGAAUUAAUCCUAUGCAGUCCAAUAUACCGGCUCAUAAAGACCACUCAUUAUCAAGAUUCGAACCUGAAAACGCAUUGCUUUACGAGCUUGAGGCAUGGAACCAACUGGAAACCCGGAUUCAACGUGAAAUAUUGCACCCUGCCCGUGUCAGAUCUCAAGUCCCAUGGAAUAGUACGGAAUCAACUGGAGAAGAAUUUUCUGUUUCGCAAGCAUCACCUCGAAGUAGUGGGGGCUCAUUUCGUGAAAUCGCUGGCUCUACUACUGGCAGUCCUUUGGGUACAUCUCCAAUUAAUCGAUUUCUUGGUAUUCCUCAUAGCAAUUCCAUCAAUACCUACGGUUAUUCCCCAUCUCCGCAUGACUCUGAUGGGUCAUCGGGACACAACAGAGCUCUGUCUACCACUUCAAUCUCACCGACUCCCUCGAUGCGUGUUGAUCCAUCAAUUGCAGUUUAUUUGAGAUAUCCUAAACAUGCUUUCAAUGGACUUAUACAAUCUAUCGUUCGAUCAGACAAUGCGGAAGUCACAAUCAUAAAUAUCAUCAGUGAGGACGGUUGCACUGAAGCUCGCCAUUUAGUCGACCCUGCUACACCCUCAACAUCACAAAGCUCGAUGAUACCCUUCAUCGACAAUCGCCACGUUCACACAGAUGAUGCUCAUAGAUACCUUGUUCAAAUGAAAGGCUCUCACCGGCUCAAAGUCACCAAGUCCGAUGAAAUUCAAGGACAGAAGAUUUCGUAUCAUAGUUACGCACCAACUUAUACAUUCCACAAUAGAAAAGAUUUCCUGGAGUUCCACCGCCUCAUUCUUCUCAAAGAAGUCAGGCACUACUUUGAUAUUCAAUGGAUCAAGUCUAUAAAAGAUAAGGAGUGCCAAUGUCGUCUAUCUACAAUUCGAAUUCUUUGUGACGCUACAUCCAGGAUUCGCUAUAUUCUUUACUUCCGCAAAUUUUCGGAUCGCAAGUCCGGUUUUGAGGAGUGGCCUGUCUCAAUAUUCAAAGAACCGAAGGAACCAAAAACCAAAGUCAUAACACUAGAGAGUCUUAAUGAUAGGCCCUUGUAUGAAGCUCGCAAACAGGCGACCAGGCAAUCGAGGAACAAUACUCAAGGUAGUAUUACCACUAUCGGCUCCCAGGAAUCCACGAACGGGGCGUACGAGAGACUUCAGGAUCGAUCCGCAAUUAUCUCUGGAAAGAGUAAUAUCAAAGGGCUCAUUAUCGAAUUCCAUGAUGUCAAAGAUUGCCACACCUUCUGGCAAGAAUUCACGACCAAAGAGUCAAUCUUCGACAGCAUACCAAUUGGUACAUCGGAACUCGAGAUUGGCGAUCCGAGGUAUAAUUUCGCAGAGUUGGCUUCUUGA